AUGCGUUUCGCCGUUGCCGCCGCUGCCGCCGCCGCUCUCCCGCUUGCCGCAAACGGCAUCCGCAUCAUCCAGGGCAACGACGAUGGCUGGGCCGAAAUGAACGUGCGCCUGGUCAACGACGCCCUGAACGCCGCCGGCCACAACGUCGUUCUGUCCUGCCCGGCCGACAACCAAUCCGGAAGGGGCUCCCUCGACAGCGACCCCGAAGACCGCGCCGACGCCUGCGAGUACGACAGCUGCGCCGCCGGCAGCGGGCCGUCCGGCCACAACGCGACCGACGCGCGCCUCAACUGGGUCAACUCGUACCCCGUCACCGCCAUCCGCUACGGCAUCUCCGACUUCGCCCCGCAGUUCUUCGACAACCAGCCGCCCGAGCUCGCCGUGACGGGCCCCAACGUCGGCUCCAACCUCGACAUCCAAGUCCCCUUCUCGGGCACCGUCGGCUCCGCCGUCUACGCCGUCGAGCAGGGCAUCCCCGCCCUCGCCUUCUCGGGCCUCACCAGCGACCGCACCGCCUGGACCACCUCCCCGCCCCCGCUGUCCGCCCAGGUCUACGCCGACCUCGCCCUCAACCUGACGACGGCCAUCAUCGACUCGGGCGCCCCCUACCUGCCCGCCGACACCUUCCUCAACGUCAACUUCGGCGAGGUCGACGCCGCCACGUGCAACGACGCCGCCAAGUUUUCGUUCGUGCUCAGCAGGAUCAACUUGGACACCCCGGUGCUGUCCACCGGCGACGUCGAGACGUGCGGCAACGAGAGCUUGCCUACUGAGAGGUCGGUCGUCAAGACGGACGGCUGCUGGGUCAGCGUGAGCGUCGGCAACGCAAAGGACAAGACGACGGCCACGGCCGAUGUGCAGGCCGUGGUGCUGAACAAGCUGCAGGGCCUGUUGAGCUGCUUGCCCGCAUGA